AUGUCCGCUCAGCUGGAAGGAGGCCUGCCGCCGGAGACCACAGUAAAACUUGAGGAAUUAAAAUCUGAAGAAGUUUUUGAUGUGACAAGUCCUGACGGAUGCGCUGGUCAGCGCGGCUGCCCCGGGGACGGAGGAGAAAAUAAAGUGGUUCUGCCCCCAGAGGGUCAGCAGCAGCCGCAGAAGCCUCGCAAGAUGACUCGGAGCCCAAAAUGCGCCCGUUGUCGAAACCAUGGCGUCGUGUCUUGUUUGAAAGGCCACAAACGCUUCUGCCGCUGGAGGGACUGCCGCUGUGCCUGCUGCUUGCUGGUGGUGGAGCGCCAGCGCGUCAUGGCAGCGCAGGUCGCGCUCAGACGGCAGCAGGCUGCGGAGGUGAGAAGAACACAAGGGCAGGGUAAGAAGGGGGUCAGGUGUGCAGCUCCACUGCGCAGGACGGCAUAUCAGUGUUAUACCAGAGCAGCCGAGUCGAGCAUUGUGGCCAAGAGCAUCCUGCAGGGUAUGAAACCUGCUGUGCCUCCAGAGGACGACACCCCCUGCUGGUCGAAGCAGACACAACGUGACCAAACACACUUUACGUGCCCCUCCAUCAGCACCCGGAUGAGGAAGAGACGAGCUUUUGCAGACAAAGAGCUGGAGAAUGUGAUGCUGGAGCAUGAAUUGAGACAGAGGGAGCUGCAGAAUGACCUAUUCCCCCCCUCGGCCCUCAUUCCCAUGCUUCACCCUCCACCCCUGCCCAUCUCCCCUGGUCUCCACUGCUGCCCUCCCAGCAAGAACCCCACGACUGCAGGCCCACCCAGCUAUGUGCCCAUGUGUAAAUACAAGCCUUUUUAUGAGUGUGACUUUCAGUUUUAUCAGUUCUUUCACCUAAAGAGCAGGUCCUCCACAGGGAAUGACUAUAAUGACUUCUUGUUAUGUCAGAGCUCAGAGCAAAGCAGACGGGAUAACGAGGCACAGAAUGGAUGGAAGGACAGUGAGAAGAAAACACAACCGGAGUUCAUUCCUUCAACAUCCAAACAAAGACUCAGAAAUGAUGGCAAGCCCAUGUCAUGUGCUAGUCCUGUCAAAUCCCCUUCAAAGGCGACAGAAAUAAUGGACUCAAAUGGCUCUUCAGCAGUCACACUUGCUAUUUCUGCAUCAGAUCAGGGUGUCCUGGGUCAGCCAGGCAUCAGUGCACCCAGCAGGACUUUUGAUCCCAGACCUUUGACAGCUAAGAGCUGGAGCACAGACACUCCUGCCGCCCAGACAGCUCCUCGUGCCGACUCUGUUAAGAGCCCUCAUGGCAGCUCAAUCAGGACUCCGGCUGUGAGGCCAUUACCUUUCUCUGUAGAGGCUUUGCUGAGGGCCUGACAGACAACUGGAAGCAGAGUAUAGUGCACUUAAUUAUGCACAAGCUAAGCUCAACUGUCUGACUAUAAUUGCAAAAACUGAUAUUUUGUUGUACAGGUUUGGAAACACUUUUCUGUAAAGUGCCAAAAGGGAAAGAUUUUUUAAAAAAUUAUUUCUAUUAAGUAAAUCAAAGUAUUUGUAUUUUUUAAUUCCCAUGAAAAUGUAUUUUACUAUAUUUUAUCUAUAAAAGAAUGACACUA